UGUAUUUUCCAACAAAUUUUGAGAGUAUUAAAAAUGGCGACACCCAUCAACAUUGUGCAACUUUCAUUUGUGUCAACUAUCCUUUAUCAGUUGUUGUUCAUCAGUCAACAAAUAUUGUUAUGUGAUUUACAAGUCUAAACCAUAGUUACAUUUCUUAAAUCAAUAAAAAAAAAUCACAGAGAAAUUAAUACCUAAAUUGAUAAAGGAACUUGUAUUUUGACUCUUAAAAUCUGAACAUGGAUAAACAUUUGCUUGAAGCCAAAAUUCGAUACCAAGUGGCGUGUGAAGAGAAGGCCCACCAUCUUGUCCUACAGCUAAUGGAGCCAGGGAUAACCGAGGACGAGCUGGUUAAUGCUGGUCUUUAUUUAACUCCUAAUCACUACCAAGAUAUAACAGAGGAAAGAGCAAUAAGCAGGCUAUGUGGCUACCCUGUAUGUGUGAACCAAAUUACAAAGUCAUUAAAUCAAAAGUAUCAUAUUUCUACAAAAACCAACAGAGUAUAUGACAUAACAGAUAGGAAGAAUUUUUGCAGCAAUGAGUGUUAUAAGGCCUCAGUUUAUUACCAAAAACAAAUUUCCACUUCACCUUUGUGGUCAAGGAAAGAGGAAAAGCCCACACCAAUUGACCUGCUUCCCAAGGAGAUGAACAGAGGUGCUUUGGGAAAAGAAGUCAUCAACCAACAAACAGAAAUGUACAGAGAAGCAAAACGUUUGCGAGAAGAAGAGAAAAAAGACCAGAGUCGAAAAGAAAAGACAAAAGAAAAAGAAAGUGGUACUGCUGAAACAGAAGGGAAGGAAAGAAAUAUGGUGAAAGGAGAUAAGAACUUUGAUGACUUAGAUUUGGAUGUCCAAAACCUCAAUUUACAGGAAGAACAAAAUGGUGAAAUGUGUCUCCAUGAGAAAAAUAAGGAAAGAAACUCAGUAGAAAAAGCAAAGAAAAAUACGACCAGAAGAAAACAUGAACCAACCGUGACAUCCUCUGUGACAUCCACCUCGGAUGAUAAGCAAAGAGAUAAGAUAGACAGACUGAUGGCUCUGCUAGACAGGAGGAAACAUCUGUUAGGUAAAUUAGUUCAGGAUGAAAGGACUGUUACAGAAGCUCCUUCUAAACCAGAAAAAGAACUCAGUGAUGAGGACACUGCUUGGGAAUGUGAUCAGCCUCGCUCUCAAAUUGAGGCUCAUAGUGAAUAUGAAGAAAAUGUGAUUAUCCAAUCAAAAGUUACAGAAGUUAGUGAAACAAAAUUCACACCACCUGUAUGUGUUCCAGAAGUGUCAAAGAAGAGAAAAUCAAGAGAGAAACUCUCCAAUGUUGAGAUGACAUAUCUGAGAAUGGUGUGUGAGAUUUUGAAGGAAUGGAUAACUCCAGAGACUGUGAGGUUUGUGAGGAUCCAAAGUGAGGAGGAGGGACCCAGGACCUCGAGGACAGAGAUGGAGGCCAAGAUGAGGGAUCUCUGUAGACGAGUAGACCACCAAGAGGCUGUUCUUGAUGACCUUAUAGGGGAGGAAGAUACUUUGGAGGACCAGCUGCCCCUGAGGUCACCAGCACCAAACUAUGAGUCCCUGAAGAAGGACACUCAAGAGUUUACCAGAAGAGUCCAAGACUUCUUUGCUGCCGGGAAGGUCAUUAAAGAGAAGGAGCCGGACACCCAGGGCCCAGUCUACCUGCCCUCCGUGGACACCUACAACCAGAUGCUGAUCCGACAGAGGAUCGUGAUGGAGCAGCUCAACAAAGUAAUACCUGAUCUCCUGUCUCCACUGAAGCUCACUAUUCAAGACAUGUUUGCAGAGAUGAAGGAACUGGUGAUGACAUUCCGACUGACCAGCAGCAACAUUGUAUUUAAACCUGUGGAGUGGUCCCUGAUAGGAGUGAUUCUCCUCAAACUAUUGUCACGGAGGAACCUGCACGUGUCCUGCGCCUUUCUGAACCCCUCGGCUGUCCAGUAUUUCUCCGUCUUCCUGGGCGGUAUUCAGGAGACUAUGCAUAAUGUAGACUUGUAUGUGACUGAUUUGCUUCAACAACACAAUAAAUGAACUGAUGUUACAAAAUCUGUA